AAUAUUUCUCAGGAUAUCAUGGUUUUUGGGGUAUACAGACUUAAUCAUCCCCCAAGUGCUGUGGACCAUUGUUGUAAUUGUUAUUUUAUAACUCCCAAUGAGCCUAACUUGGUCGUUGCUGGUGGCAGUUUAUUGCGGAUUUUCAGAUAUGUUCCCAUGCAAGAAGAUGGUCAGAUUAGGCAUCGACUUGAACAAGUGUUGAGUUGCAAUCUGUAUGGUGUCAUAAGUUCAAUAGUGCCAGCCAAAUACCCUGGAAAUCGGAGGCACUCUCUGCUCGUUGCUGUUGGUGAGGCUCAAUUGGCAGUUAUCGACUAUGAUCCGUCUGCCCACUGUUUCAAAACUCGUAUGUUGUAUAACUAUGAGCAAGAUGACCAGCGCCAAAUGUUUCUGCAGCAAACUUUCUCACCUCAAGUUCGUGUAGACUCAGAGAACCGAAGUGCUGCAAUGUUGAUUUAUGGAUCAAGGCUGGUAGUUGUUCCGCUUAUCAAACCAGCUAAAAACUCAACUGAUAGUACACAAUAUCAAAGUUAUGUUGUAGAUUUAAAAACGCUUGAUGAAAAAGUAAACAACGUGAAAGACUUCCAGUUCUUGCAUGGAUACUGUGAACCUACAAUUAUGCUAUUAUAUGAGCCUUUGAGAACUUGGCCAGGCAGAGUUGCUGUGCGGAGGGAUACAUGUUCUAUUGUAGCGAUAGCCCUGAACAUCAGAGACAAAGUGCACCCCAUUAUUUGGUCUCAAAACAACUUACCAUUCGACAGCUUGUACGCUUUACCUGUCCCUAAACCCACUGGAGGUGUGUUGAUAUUUGCUGCAAACUCUCUUCUCUAUCUAAAUCAGUCUAUUCCACCGUUUGGCGUGAUGCUCAACUCCCUUGCUCCUCAAACAACUGAUUUUCCCCUGCAAAAACAGGGCGACUACAUGCUCACUCUAGAUGAUUCUCAGGCCGUUAUGAUGGAGAACGAGCGAGUUUUGAUAUCUCUGAAAUCUGGAGAUAUAUAUCUCAUAACCCUUCUCUCUGAUGGAAUGAGAUCUAUUAAAAAGUUCAGUUGGUUAAAAGCAGCUACUUCUGUUCUUACAAGCUGUCUUUGUAUGGCUGCAGGGAAUUACAUAUUCCUGGGUUCAAGAUUUGGCAACUCUAUUUUGCUCUACUACCAAGAGAAAUCAAGUGUUGCAGCUAACUUCCUGGAGGAGCAGACCAACAAACGAGCACGGCUUGAUGACGACGACCUGGACCUGGAAAUAUUCGGGAACAAAAAAGAAAAAGAGGACAUCAGAUUGUCGACCUAUUCCUUCGAAGUGGUGGACAGUCUCCAGAAUUUCUCACCAAUCACUCAGAUGACGGUGGGGGAGUCACCGUUCCUCAGCGAGGAGUAUAGAAGUAACAAUCACCACGAUCUGGAGAUUGUCUCCUGCAGCGGGUACGGCAAGAACGGAGCGUUGUCAAUAUUCCAGAACUCAAUCCGACCCAUGAUAAACUCAACAUUUGACCUGCCCACAGUGUACAACAUGUGGACAAUCCACACGGACCCCACUAGUAACAUGCACUCUUACCUGAUCCUUGCCAAGGCUGACAGCACUCUCGUACUGCAAACAGGUGAGGACAUUACGGAAGUGGAAGAGUCCGGGUUCUGCUCAUCAGAAACUACCCUUUAUGUGGGAAAUAUACAGGGUUACGUAGUACAAGUGUGUCCAAUGUCCAUCAUACUGCUCCAGGAUACCACCAUACUACACCGACUUGAGCUGUCAGAGACUAUAUCCAGUGCGUCGGUGUGCGACCCAUACGGGGUUGUGAUGCUCAUGUCCGGUGUUGUCAAACUGCUGGGCGUCGUUACUCGAGAUAAAAAACCUCAGCUGUUGCUCUCGGACACUUCUUCAACUCAUGUUGUGUGUAUCACUACAUAUACGGACGAGUCAGGCCUGUUCUCAACGGAGCCUCUUGAGGAUGUUGUGGAGGCAGCACCUGAGGCCACGGUUAGCGAGACUACAGAAGCUCCCAAGGACACAGAAAUGGAAGAAGAGCUGGAUGAGGAUGCUCUUUUGUACGGAGACUCUGAUAAACUGUUUGAGGGAUUCAAGAGCAAGCGGAAACCAUUCUCGGAAGAGAAACCAACCAAGACCAAGGCUACAAAACCAGAAGAUAGGGGACCUCUGAUGGUAGCCCAGUUUCACAACGCGACACAUUGGUGUAUUCUAACGCGAGAUGACGGGGUCCUGGAGAUACGCUCUCUUCCUUCCUGGAACCUGCACUACUUCUGUAAAAACUUUGCUAUGAGUCCCAAGACGUUAGCAGACAGUGAAGAUCAUCACCCGAGUGUAGGAAGUGAGGGUAUACCCGGUGUUAAAGAGAUAUGUGUCGUUGGACUCGGAUGGCAGCGUCAGAGACCAUACCUUCUCACUCUCAUUGAUGAUGACUUCUUCAUCUACUCAGCUUUUCCAUACAAUACUUCGAAUAAGGAUUCUCUGAAGAUGAGGUUUGCUAAGAUCCAGCAUGAAGUGCUGAUAAAGAAGAAGAAGACGAGGGGAAACAAACUACUGGACAUGGACGCUCACCCUCACUACACUCCUAAGAUACAGUGCUUCAGCAACAUUGCUGGUUACUCGGGGAUAUUCCUUUGUGGUGAUUUACCGUACUGGUUGUUCCUAACAACUCAUGGUGCUCUUAGAACUCAUCCUAUGUAUUUAGAUGGCAAGGUGACAUGUUUCGCUCCGUUCCACAAUGUGAACUGUGAGCACGGGUUCCUGUACUUCAGCAGCACAGACGAGUUGAGGGUGUGCACUCUACCUACCACUCUCUCCUAUGACAAUCACUGGCCUGCCAAGAAAGUUCCUCUCAGGUCAACCCCUCACUUCGUCGCCUACCAUCAUGACACCAAAACAUACGCUGUGUGCACUAGUACUCCUUCUCUCAACCCAAUGAGGCCAGCUAUGCAGAAUAACAUGGACAAGGAGGAAGCUCCUAUUGAAGAGGAUGAUAACUUUCCCUAUCCUUCUCUAAACUGGUACUCUAUAACCCUAUAUACUCGUGAUGGCUGGGAGAUAAUACCAGACAGCAGAAUAGACUUCCCCAAAUACGAGCGAGUAACCUGUAUGAAGUUCAUGGAGCUGUCAGGGGAGCAGAUGGGAGAACAAAAGAAGGGUUAUGUGGUAGCUGGGACUAUGAGUAGUAUGGGAGAGGAGGUAUCAGCUAGGGGCAAGAUCAUGGUCUUCGAUGUCAUGGAGGUUGUUCCUGACCCCGAGAAACCGCUGUCUGGCUUUAAGUUUAAAUGUCUUUACGAUAAAGAACAGAAAGGCCCAGUUACAGAGAUAGAUUGUAUCAUGGGACACAUUAUAUCUGCUAUUGGCCAGAAGAUAUAUGUCUGGAGUUUUCUAAACAAUGAUCUUGUUGGGGUCGCUUUUAUUGACACACAAAUCUACAUUCACAGCAUCUCGGUGAUCAAAAACUUUGUUCUCUACGCCGAUAUAACAAAGAGCAUUUCCCUUCUGACUUUCGACAAAGAGUGCAAAACACUUUCAGUGAUCAGUAGGGACUAUGAACCAAUGGAAGUUUAUAGAUGUGAAUAUGUAGUUGAUGGAACUAACUUGGGUUUCAUGGUAUCUGACUCAAACUGCAACCUCGUCAUAUACGCAUAUCAGCCUGAAGCUGUUGAGAGUCAAGGCGGAAUGAAGCUCAUCAGAAAGUCCGAUAUAAACAUCGGGGCUCACGUUAACACAUUCUUUAGAACUGGAAUAAGGAUACAUGAUGGCACCAUACUUGGAACCGCACCGUCUAGUGCGUUACUACACCCGAGUGAGAAACGUCACGUGACAUGGUUUGCAACUCUGGACGGAGCUCUGGGAUCCUUCUUGCCCUUGUCAGAGAAGAAAUACAGAAGACUGUUUAUGUUGCACAACAAGUUGGUCACAGCUGUCCCUCAUGUUGCGGGCCUUAAUCCCAAGAAAUUCAGAACAGCCAAGAUGCCUGGGAGAUGGUUGAUGAACCCACAUCGGAAUAUUCUAGACUAUCAGCUUCUAACCAACUUCCUAACAUUGUCUCAUACGGAACGAAGAGAACUCGCUAAACAAAUCGGCACUACUCCUUCACAAAUUGUGGACGAUUUAAUGAGCAUACAGAAAGCCAUGAUGAUAUUUUGAUCAAACUUUAAGAGUAAGUUUUAUUCACUCUCAGACACUUAACUAUUUUUAGAUGUUUUACUUGUUGACUUUGAACUUAGAGCUGGAUUUUUAUGAGAAAUAUAAUGUUAGGUAGGCGGACCGAAUCCCUACCGCCCAUAUCAUCCCUAACCCUACUGGUAUACUAUAAGUUGUUAUUAAGCGGUAGGUCCGCGUCCGCAAUAAGGAUUCGGUCUAUUUCAACCAUAAUCCUAGGAAGACUGAAGAGAUGCAAUUGGCAAUGUUCAAAGUACCACGCUUAUAUAUCGGGUUUUUCAUCAUGAAUAUUUAUAGUUGUCCUUCAGACUUUGCGUGUGUUUUGAUAUUUCUAUAAACUCCAGCUUUUGAUCCAGCGACGUGAAGCGUAUAUUUAUUGAUGAGAUUUUGAAAUGUUAUUUUUAACUAAUAAUUUAAUGAUUUAACUUUUCAACUUA